GCACCGAUAUUACAGAACCGCGCGGGCAGCGUGAGGGACAGACCGGAAGAGUGCCGGGAUGAGCUUCCGGGUCGCAGCGCCCGGCCGGCACCGGAAGUGGGAGCCUUCCUUUUCCGGCGUUGUCAUGGCGGCGACUCUGGGGCAGGUCUGUGCCCUGGUCCUGGUGGCAGUGUUGUGGGGCGGCUCCAACCCGCUGCUGAAGAGGGCCACGGGGGACAUGGAGCCGGUGCAGGAGGGGAACCGGCUGGAGCAGCUGCUGCAGGAGAUGAAGUACUUGUUUUUCAACUACCAGUAUCUGGUGCCCCUUUGCCUCAACCAGUGUGGCUCCCUGAUCUACUACCUUACCCUGGCAUCAACAGAUCUGUCCCUGGCCGUGCCCAUCAGUAACUCCCUGGCUCUUGUUGUCACCCUGGUUGUCGGGAAGUUCCUUGGGGAAGACAUUGGUGGAAAAUGGCCUGCCCUGGGAAUGGUGCUCACCGUCUCCGGAAUCAUGCUCUGCAUUGCAAGUUCAGUGGGCAAGACAGAAUAACAACAGGAUCCUGUGGCCAGCCCCACCCAGAGACGCCGCCGGAGCCUUGGAGCAGGGAACCCUGGGCUGGGGAAUCUUGAGCCACCCACGCUUGAGCUUUCCUUGAGAAGGCUGUCUUUUGACUUCUCCUUCCUCAAUGAUUCAGUGAGGUCUAAUGGGGAGGAGGUGGGCUCAAAGACUUCACCACUUUGAGCCCACAUUUCAUGCCUUGGAAACUCCUCCCCCUCCCACUUCAGUGUGUGACCCAACCUCUCCCAUGACCUUGGCCUCCAGCCAGUAUUGUGGUUUGUGCAGAGCCCCCCGGGUGUCAGGUGCAGGGUACUCCUCAAGCUCAGACUUAGAGCACUUCUGAGCCUUAGCGUAAGCUGAUGUGGGUUGGGGCUGGUGGUGAGUCAGAGCCCACAGGUGCUGCAGUCAGUUAGACGCCUUCCUUCCCCUCCCCAUCGGCAGCCCCGGAGUGGGCCCCUCAUGCCCUAGGCCCAGAGGCUAGCUUCAUCACCAGCUUUUGCUCCUCUAACUUUCCUAGUCGAUACUUUAGAGUGGGAUGUGGUCUGGAGCGAUGGGUAAACAAGGCUCAGACAACCCAGAAGCAGAGAAAACUAUUUUAUUAGGCCAAAGCCUCUCCCAAAGUGUGUGUGCCCCUGUGUCCUCCCUACCCCACCCCAUGUUAGGCCCUGCAGGGUGGAGGAAGGUAACCCUUCCCUUCCCCUGGAAGCAGAGGCUUUCCCCGCCUUAGGCAGGCUCACUGCAGGUUUGUGGGCCAGGCAGACUAGAAAGGCCUGUGGAUCUCUCCAACGAGAUCCCAGCAGGAUGCUGGGGAACCAGGGCAGAAGAGGGUUGGCUGG